UUUACGAGAAAUAGUUGGCUAUCAUGCAGACAUUGUUUGUCUUCAAGAGGUACACAACCUAACUUUAUGUCUUUUAAACAUUCGAGAAUCCGCUCUUCUUUAAUUGUUAGCAAUGAUUUGUGGAAGCCCGUUCGAGUUCCGAUGUUAUUUCAGCAUAUUUUAUUGUUUUUCUUUUUUGAUCAGGUUCAAUCUGAUCAUUUUGAUGAUUUUUUUUCACCUGAGAUGGAAAAACAUGGCUAUCAAGCAAUUUUUAAAAAGAAAACAAUGAAGGCUUUUGGUGGGAACAUGAAAACCAUUGAUGGUUGUGCUACUUUCUUUCGUCGUGAUAAAUUUGAACAUGUGCGAGAUUUCGGGUUUGAGUUUAAUGAACCUGCACAUUCUCUGAUAGAGCCUCUGGUUUCCAGUGCACAGAAGAACAAUGCCUUCAACCGAUUAGUUAAGGAUAAUAUUGCGCAAAUUGUAGUUCUAGCAGCAAAGUUCAGUAACCAGGGCAUCGGUAACUCUGGGAAACAACUGUCAGUUUGUGUGACAAACACACAUAUAAACGUGCAUCAAGACUUGACGGAUGUGAAGCUCUUUCAGGUCCACAAACUGUUGGCAGUCCUUAAAGCAUUUGUCAAAAUCCCAAUGUUGGUAUGCGGCGAUUUCAAUUCAAUUCCUGGAAGUGCUCUUCAUAGCCUCCUUGCUUACGGGAAAGUUGAUCCAGGACAUCCAGAUUUAGCUGUAGACCCGCUCGGAAUCCUUCAGCCCACUUCCAAAUUAAAUCAUGAUUUGCCAUUGGUUAGUGCUUACACAUCCUUUGGAAGAGCUGUUCUCGGUUUAGAGCAUAGAAGGAGAAUACAUCCUGUAACAAAUGAACCCCGUGUUACAAGUUACACUGAAGAAUUUGUCGGUACUUGUGAUUACAUAUUCUAUUCAGCUGACUCGUUAAUGGUGGAGUCUCUGUUGGAGCUAUUGGAUGAGAGGAUCCUGCGAAGAAAUACUGCUCUCCCUUGUGUCGAAUGGUCAUCAGAUCAUAUAGCACUUGCAGCUGAAUUCCGUUUGAUAACGAAAAACUAGACGUUAACUAUAGGUAUGUCUCGAUGGAAAUGUUUUUCUUACCAAGACUAUUGAUCAGCUGUAAAUAUCUGCACCGGGAUAAAUUUAAUUUAAAAAAUUAUCAUUAUUAUGCUGUUAGUCGGCUUUAAGUUUUACGUAACUUUGUUCUGUGCAGGUAUGUUUGCGUUGAAGAAGAAUCUCAAAGAAAGUGGCAACAGGACAUACGAUCAUAAUCGUAAAUCAGAAAAACUAAAUGCAUUAUUUGUUUUUCCUCCUUUACGAUUAGCUGAAUUAGAAAUACGAGGAGAGUAACAUCUGUUGUAGUAUACAAUUAAUUCCAGUUAUAUAGAAGU